UUUAAGUUCACGAGUUUUAAUCACGCCGUUCGAUGUCGACAGGCUUGAACAUCAUCAUCCAACGCGUCUCUGACUUAUCUUGUGUCGAAGAUGGCAAUUUACACGUCCCUGGCAGUACCCGCUGUCAUUUUAAAUCCUUCUGAAAGGUGUCUGCAAUGGUCAGACGAUGGCCAGGCUUGCAUUACCACCAAGGCAGCCGUGCAUGUCAUGACCCCAGACUCGGGUAUUAACUUCAGCACACCACCCGAUAUCAAGGCACUUCGAGGAGAUGAGCAAGGAGAGCAGCCGCUCGGGUGGUUCAGGACGAUGAUCGAGCCGACUCGUGGACAGACACAUAUGUGGCCAAGUAUAUGUCAAGAUUGGGGCGCUGUUACUCUCGGAUCCCUCGAUGUUUCCCUUCGUGAGGUUGCGUGCUCUCCUAGUAAUCUCACAUCACGGGGAAGAUGCGUGAUAGCCAUUCUCAACUCGAACGCUGAAGUAUCACUUUGGGCGGCUGCUAAGAAUCACUUGAAGGGAGAAUGGAGCAAUAUUCAAGACGUUACAGGUCUGCUACUCAACACAGCCUCAUCUGAGGACAUCAUUCGUAACACCCUUCGAGCGCAAGUGACUAGUCUUGCCUGGUCCAAACAGCCGGACUAUAGAAUCACACCUACCCCGAUCCUCGAUUCAUCGAUGCUUGCCCUGGGAAACAGGGCGGGCUGCAUUGAGUUUUUCAGGUUUAACAGAAACAGCAACUCAGAAGGUUCCCUCUCGUACAUCCAUACAGAACCAUUGAGCGACCACUGGAUCACGCAUUUGAGCUGGGUACCUUGGAUUACUCACGCCGUCGGCCAUUGCGAAUCCUUACUGGCCUUCUCCACUGAUAAUGGGAACGUGGGACUGGUCAAAGUCACACAAAAUCUGCAGUCUACUCCGAACGUUGGACCAUGUGCUGUAUUCGACGUUCAAGGUCCAAUAUGUGAGGCUGAUAAACGAAGCGUGACCACAUUAACAUGGGUUCAACCACCAGGAAGAAACCCCAUCCUCGCGUACACAAAACCCGGCCUUGUGUACCUGUGGUCAUGGCCUGGUUCCGAACCAACUUGGUACGGCACCCGCAUACUCCCACUUCAAACCCAAAAGUUGUCCGUCGGAUCCUCUGCCAUUAGCCCUGUCUCUGGAGUAUCCUACGUGCUUCACCGCGAUGCCCUCAUCCUCUCGCUUUUCGAUGGUUCCUUGCAUGCCAUCCAUAAUAUGACUACGGAACCUACCUGGAAUCCUCCGCUCGCAGGUGACAUCCUCACAUCUGCGGAACUAUCUCGGGCAUCACGAGCAUUGUUCGCCAAAGUUACUCCUGCGGGAAUUUCAUACUUGGAUAUCAACAGAAUUGGUGGGAUGGCGUCGUACGACUCGCAGUCGACCCUCAUCUGGAUAUACGAAUCCCUUCGACCUACGGAUUUCAGCUACAAGCAUGAAGCUCAGCACGAAUGUAUGCUGCUCACUGCACCAUUUUGGCAGCUCGACGAUGAGACCGUCUUGCACACUACUUCAGAGGCUUUUGCUGAUAUUUCUUGUGCCUCAGGAUGUGCCCCCAUUCACCAUUUGCGUGCAUUAAUGCUUCAUCUACGCAGUAAUGCGCGCUUCGCGGCGCUGUGCCCUCAGGUACUAGAGAUUUUAUCGCAAGUACCACCAGACCAAACAACGACCAUAGUCUUGCCAUCCUGGACGCACGGAUUGAACGAUGAUUUGCGACCCCAGCUUCGGAAAAGUCUGACUACUCAUUUGUUUGGCUGGCACAAUCUCCUAUCGCUUCGAAUGAGGCUCUCCAUAGCCGACCUGUGUUGGAAACUAAGCAAGGACCCGGAGAUGCAGGCACAGUGUGGUCAAGUCGCACAAGGCCUUCUAGCCGCUAUCUCACACUGUGUGCUGCGGAUACUUGUUCGUCACUUGAAAGCCAUCAUCCCCGUCAUUACUGAGCCUGAUAUCCCAUUCGUCCUCCGCGAGGUGGUACAGUCAUUAUUGCCCGGCUCACCGCAAGAUCUAGCAGACGAAGCUCAGGCCUUAUCGGACACUCUCACUACAUCAUUCUCCAUCGAUCCUGCAAUCGCCGCGCUGCACGAACACUGUCCUGCUUGUCACGCCGAAGUCCCACUGCAUGACAUCACCCGUGCAACUUGUCCAAACGGUCAUGCCUGGGCUCGCUGUUCGGUCACCUCGUUCAUACUCUCGACGUCAAAGGUGCGCACGUGCAUCGGAUGCAGUCGGAAAGCCCUGCUUCCGUUUGCGGCGUCGGAUGAGAGCCAGUUGCCUGCUGCUGCACAGAGUUGGAUCGUGAAGGAUUUGUUGGAGGCUGUACAGCGGUGUUUGUUUUGUGGGAACAACUUCGUGGAGAUCGUGUAGGAAAUAUGAUGUAUGCGUUCAUGCAUCGGCGAGUUCCAAAUUUAUCCAGCCUCGUCUUACCCUUGGGACAGUUCUGGAAGAGGAGUCGAGGUUGAGCUCCAGGUAACUUUGCGGGUUCUUGUCUCGACACUCCAAGGUGGCUGCUCCUUGUGAGACG